ACAAGAAUAUGAACUUCCAUAAUGGAUCAACAUGGAAGUGUAUCGGCAUACUAGGUUUCUUGCUAAUGACAGGAGUUACAGCGUUUCAACCAGAAUUUGCAGAACCCAUAAAAAACUUGUCAGUUCCUUUAGGACGAGAUGCGACAUUUCAGUGUAUAGUACAUCAUCUAGGAGGCUACAGGGUGGGUUGGGUAAAAGCUGAUACAAAAGCAAUACAAGCCAUUCACGAUCAUGUAAUAACACAUAAUCCUAGAGUAUCUGUAUCACACAAUGACCACACAACGUGGAAUCUUCACAUCAAGAAUGUUCAAGAGGAAGAUCGAGGACAAUACAUGUGCCAAAUAAACACAGAUCCAAUGAAAAGCCAAGUAGGUUUACUUGAUGUCUCCGUUCCUCCAGAUUUUACAGAAGAAACCUCUGGAGACGUGUUAGUCCAGGAAGGAGGAACGGUGAAAUUAACAUGUCGAGCCCGGGGACAUCCAGAACCUCACGUCCAGUGGAGAAGGGAAGACGGUUUGGACAUUGUUAUCAGAGAGCCAUUGGGAGGAACAAAAACUAGAGUGUCGUCGUAUCAAGGUGAAGUGUUGCAAUUGCGGAAGAUAUCGCGUUCGGAAAUGGGCGCUUACAUGUGCAUCGCCACCAACGGCGUCCCACCGACUGUUAGCAAGAGGAUAAUGGUUAACGUACAUUUUCAUCCAGUAAUUCAUGUUCCAAAUCAACUAGUGGGAGCGCCACUUGGUACUGAUGUGACAUUAGAAUGUUACGUGGAAGCUUUUCCAAAAUCAAUUAAUUAUUGGGUCAGGGAUACAGAAGAGAUGGUAAUAUCAAGUAAUAAGUACGACGUUCAGACUGUUAGCAAAUCAUCAUUUGAAGUAAAAAUGACAGUUAUAGUUAGAAACCUUCAAAAAGAAGACAUAGGAUCUUACAGGUGUAUAGCCAAAAACUCACUUGGAGAUGUGGAAAGUAAUAUUAGAUUAUACGAAAUACCAGGCCCGACCCGAAUUUACAGCGAUCUCUCGCCUGACGAAGAGGACUACAACGACCAGUUAGGUUCCGCCGAACGGGAUCAAGAAGAAGAAUUUUCUAACAGCGUACUAGAGAAAAGCCGCUCCAUAGUUCCCUCUAGCAGUGAGCCGCCUCGAAAAGGUACUCACUCUUCUAUAAGAAGCAAUCACGUAGCGGGGAGCGACGACUCAGCGAGCGCAUCUCGAACGACAAACGUCAGAGAGUUCGUCAUAGCUUGGCUUACGUUUGCGCUAAGUGCCGGUGUAAUGGCGGUAUGAUUUCUCUGUGAGUAAAUUUUAUAGUACGACAAUAACGAGAAGCAUUUAUGCGUUUAUAAAAUAUGUAACGACGUUCGAUGUAUAAGGGCUGUGUUUGUACCCCGCUAAUUCCAGUUCGGGUAUUUAGUUUUUUAUAUAUAUAUAUAUAUAUAUAUUGUAGUUUAGAAAGAUUUACCGUCAUAUACGUUCAAUUUCUGUUAAGCUCCGCGCGCAUUGAAGGGGCAUCGGCGCGAGCGAGCGGCGCGACCGACAUGACCGGUCGGAAAGUCGAUUGUAGCCGCGCACUGGAGUCGCACGAUCGACGGUCGAGAGUACGUCACCAGCAUAACUUUGAGCAUAGACGAGGAGAAGUUUAUUCAAAUUUAGUCAACUUCAUUCGGCAUUUCAAAAAAUUAUAAAGUAUUAUUACUUUUUAU